UCAACAUUUUUAUUUUUGGGAAAUGUUGCCCAAAUUUGGAAACAUUCUCAUCCACCCUUCAACAUACUCACCGGCCUUUUAAUUGCAUUUUAUCUAAUCCCAACCAACUAUCCCCACUAUGCCAGUGCCAAUAUAACGGUGGGUACACAACUUCUUCCGGCAGCCGCAGUUUCCAACGGUAUAUCCACAAAUUUAUUAACACCCUUGGAGCCCAUUAAUGGUACCAGUAAUUUCCGCAUCUAUGGCAGUAAAAAAGGCAAAGACGACAAGCAUUGGAUGGAUGGGCGAGGACUGAGUAUGCAACAUGUGAAAUGUGUGCGAAAAGCUAGUUGUGAAAAAUUGAAAUUUUCCACAUGUUUGGGUGCCAAAUUGCCCUAUGAAUACACCAGUCUGGAUUUGACCAUAUCGCAUAGUCAAAAAGACAUACAGGAGAGAUUGAAUAACAGCAUGGCCCUGAAACAUGUGCCCAAAUGUUGGGCAGUGAUACAGCCUUUUUUAUGCGCAGUUUUGGCUCCCAAAUGUGAAAAAAUCAAUGGCGAAGAUAUGGUUUAUUUGCCCUCUUUGGAAAUGUGCCGCAUAACCUUGGAACCCUGUCGCAUACUGUACAAUACCUCCUAUUUUCCGGAAUAUUUGAAGUGCAAUGAAACCCACUUUCCUUCCAAGUGCAACAAUGAUGUGCGAGAAAUGAAAUUCAACCUGACGGGCGAAUGUUUGGAUCCCUUAGUGCCCACAGAGUCCAGUGUUAGCUAUCAUGCUGGUGUGGAAGGCUGUGGGGUGCGAUGUAAGGAUCCUUUGUACACAGAUGGCGAGCACAGGCAGAUACACAAGUUAAUAGCCUGGGGUGCCACAUUAUGUUUUUUGGCCAAUCUAUUUGUGGUGGCCACAUUUAUCAUAGAUUGGGAGAAUGCUAGCAAAUAUCCGGCCUUGAUAGUUUUUUACAUAAACAUGUGCUUUAUGAUUGCUUGCUUGGGUUGGCUGGCCCAGUUUACCCCUGACUCUCGUGAUGAUAUAGUCUGCCGCAAGGAUGGCACUUUGCGCCAUUCAGAACCCACUGCCGGCGAGAAUCUUUCCUGUGUUGUGGUUUUUGUCAUAGUCUACUAUUUCCUUAUAGCCGCCAUGGUUUGGUUUGUUUUUCUCACCUAUGCUUGGCAUUUAAGAGCUGUGGGCAAUGUUCAAGAUCGCAUAGAUAAAAAGGGGUCAUAUUUCCAUUUGAUAGCAUGGUCUUUACCUUUGGUAUUGACCAUAACUACCUUGGCUUUGAGUGAAGUUGAUGGCAACAGCAUAGUGGGUAUCUGUUUUGUGGGUUAUCGUAAUCAUGCCAUGAGGUCAGGCCUCCUAUUGGGGCCCUUGUGCGGUGUUAUACUGGUGGGAGGUUAUUUCAUUAUAAGAGGCAUGAUUAUGUUGUUUGGCUUAAAGCAUUUUGCCAAUGACAUUAAAUCAACCUCGGCCAGCAAUAAAAUCCAUUUGAUUAUUGUCCGAAUGGGUGUCUGCGCCCUGUUUACUUUGCUGUUUAUUUUGGUGUCCAUAGCCUGUCACUUCAAUGAGUUUAGGAACUCACAUGCCUGGUCGGAUAGUCUAAAGGAUUAUGUCAACUGCUCGAUUUUCGGCCGUUUCAACAACGAAUAUGUCCAAUGUAAAUUUGCCCAACGCCCUAGUGUUUCCAUGCUACAGCUGCAUUUGCUGUGCUUAUUUGGUGCUGGCAUUGUCAUGUCCACUUGGUGCUGGACUCCCUCGUCUCUGGAGACCUGGAAACGUUAUCUGAGAAAAAAGUGCGGGAAAGAUGUCUCCGAGGAGGUGAAAAUGCCCAAACACAAGGUAAUAGCCCAGACCUGGGCCAAGCGCAAAGAGUUCGAAGAUAAAGGCAGACUAUCCAUCACCCUAUGCAAUACGCACACCGAUCCGGUGGGCUUGAAUUUCGAUGUCAACGAUUUAAAUUCCUCGGAAACCAAUGAUAUAAGUUCCACCUGGGCCAACUAUCUGCCACAGUUUGUAAAACGGCGAAUGGCUUUGACAGGGGCGGCCACAACCACCAAUAGCGCCAGUCAGGCAGCACAUCGCAAGAAUUCUUUGGAUUCGGAAAUUAGUUUUAGUGUGCGCCAUGUUUCCGUAGAAUCUCGCCGCAAUUCGGUAGAUUCUCAAGUUUCGGUAAAAAUUCAGGAGAUGAAAACCAAAGUAGCCCGUUCCCGAGGUGGCAGGCAUCAUCACCAUGGCAAACAUGCGACAGGAGGAGGCAAACGCUAUCAAAAAGCCCGAGAUUUUGGGGGCAAUGUACGCAAGCAUAACAGUGGUGGUGGUGGGGGUGGCGUGGGACGCAGAGAGAGCAGCACCUCCAUAGAAUCUCAAAUCAUAGCUCUGCAGAAGACCACCUAUCCCAAUGCCAGGCAUAAAGUUGGACUUUUUACACAAAGCACCAAAAACCAUAGUUCCAAAAGAAGACAUGGCCAUGGUACUUUAGAUCCAGCUGACAUAACCGAAUUCUUAGCCAGAAAUGGUCAGCUAAUACUGCCCUUUCUGCAGAAUCAAGGCAUGACCACUUCAUCUGAUGAUGAUGAAAACUCCAAGGGUUCAUUGAAAAUACAAGGCUCACGCCUGGAUGUGGUGCUCAAGCAAGACCUAAGCGAUGAGGAUACGGAUGAUAGUGAUAAUGGCAAUCGCAAAGGCCCACAAAUUGAGGAGAUACACGAUGAUGAUGAUGACAAAAAGUCCAAAAGACAUUCGGCCUAUGAAGAUUUGCUGUUGAAGCAGACUCAGAAAUCUCAUGAUUCCAAUCAUAAUCACAAUCAAUCACGUAAUUCGACUAGAGCCUCUCGCCAUUCACGCAAAUCUCAACCCCUAAAUUCCUCCCAACACAAACGCUCAUUGAAGAGAAAACCCGAAAACUCUUCCCAUGCGAAUAGACGCAAAUCCACCAAUUCCAAAAUAUUUGAAAUGGACUUUUUGAAUACCUCAGACUUGAAUUUGCAAUUAAAACGCGAGCUAACCUUUGGUGGGCAUGGGGAAGAUGAUGACGAUAGCGCCUCAGAAGACUCAUUUUCUUCGGUCGAUUUAGAUCUACCGCUUAAUGUGUUCCUACAAAAUUCCAUAUCAGGCCAUAGUAAGACCAGCUGUGAUGUGGGCAUACAGGCGGAUGCCUUUGAUUUAUCAAAUCGCACUUCUGCCGAUGAAGAUGAUUUAAAGAAGUUUGUGCACAAACUUACCGACAACAAUCAGUGUCGAAAGAGUCGUUACGAGGAGGAUGCACUUGAAAUGCAAUCAUUAAUGGGCAAACACAAAGAAAACUCCUUGCUGAUGAGUGAAUCGGAAAAAUUGAAAAUGCUAUUGCUGCCCUCCAAGUGACUGAGAGGGUCUACUCACACUAUAUAUGUAUGUAUGUGAUUGGUAUUUUAAGUUUAAACAUUUUUCGCAAGUAAGAAAGAAAGGGCUGGUUAAAAAUUCAGCAAUAGAUUUGCGACUCACAGAAACUUUUCAUAAGACAUUCAGUUUAGAAUGUAUCCCAAAUCUUCUAAAAUGAUUUUUUUUUAGUUUUAAAUUUAUUUAGUGGGACAAGUCUACUUAGAAUUUACCGUAUGGACAUUUUUAUACUUACGGAUUUUCCUCAAUGAGGAAGUUUUUGACAAUCAGCACGACAUUUCUCACAAUUGUAUUUAGUAUUUUUAAAAAAUACUUUUGUUUCAUUUUUUCAUCUGUAGCAAUUACUAGAUUUUAUUUGGGCCAAAGAAUAACAGCUCCUAAGGCCAUGAUUUAUUAUUUAUUAAGUCUUCCAGUUAGCAGCUAACAUCUUUUAAUGAUGUUUACACUUUAGUUGGUAUUGUAUCAUAAACUUUUGUAUUAUUUUUGUAUACAUCUAUCUCGAAUACUUCACAUUUUAUUAU